GAGUUAUGUGAUGCAUGUGAGAUAUUUUGGAUGUUCAGAUUGUUUUGGUGCAUAAGAGUGAAAGUUAAUGGGACUCAGGAGGUGAACAUGGUGGAUGCUAGCAACGGCAAUGAUGGUAAUGAUGAUGCCAAGAAUGGUGAUGGAAAUAAUGGUAAUGGUCAUGCUAUGGACAUGGAUCCCAAAGGUAAUGCUACGGAGACUACAUCAAAUAACAAUGGAAAUGUUGCUUCAAAUGUUAACAAUGGAGUAGAUGGGAUGCAAGAGCAGCUGCAUCAAUUGGAUGCGAUUAAAAUUGGGUCGAUGAAUAUUAACCUCAGUCAUGCAGAUAUUCUACCCAGAUCUGGCUUGGGAUUGCCCAUGUCCAGGCCUAGGGAUCCGUGCCGGUCGGCUGGCAACGUGCAGCUGAGCACUGCGCCUGCAGGGGACAAGCAGCGGGCUCGGGACCCGAGCAGCCACUUGCGUGCCCAGCUCACACCAGGAGGAGCAGCUAGCCUGUCCAGGGAUGCCACUUGUGCGUCGGUACUGCCUGAAGUUGCUGGAGGAGCAGCAGGCCUCUCCAUGCCCGACACGCGUGCGGCGGGACAGUCAAAAGCUGCCCAGGCUGCGGGCCAGUUUGGCGAGCUGGCUCACUGCGCGCAGCAGGUGCAGCAGCAGACUGCAUGCCCUGCACAGUGCGUCCUGGGAUCUUCUGUGCACGAGGUGGCCGCGGGGGUAACAAGUGGUGCUGAGUCUGGGUUGCAGAAAAUCGGCGGAGACAGAGAAUCUGAGAUGCUAGCAGAUCUGCCAAUGACUGGGAUGCAGAAUUUGGUUUCUCUGGGAUCUUCUGUGCACCAGAAGGGUGCAGCAACUGGUACUACCAGUACAUCCGUCAUGGUUGACUCGUUGGACCAAUCAAAGGAUGGAACUAGGACAAGGGUGACACAUGUGGAGAUGGAUACAAUUGGUUUAAGUCAAACAGUGAGUACUGACUCACUCAACAAAGCCAAUGUUCAACCCACUCUGGAGGAGGUCAUUGCUUUUGGAGGGAUACCCAAAUCGUCUGUUCAAGUGAGAUCUAGCUCUAGAUUGGAAAACAUGCCAAAUGUGGACAUGCCUCAGAUGGAGAAGGCUAAGAUGGCGACACAGUUGCGCCAGACUCCUGCCAGUUCAGGUUACUCAUAUGGUGGCACAUUGGGUCCAGCUUUGGUCUCUCCUUUCGCCGGAGGGACAGCGGGAUGCUAUGGCUACUGGGUGCACACGGCUCCUGAUGGUUGCUCAGGAUAUCUUGUGCCAGGCUGGUUGGCGGCAUACUAGGAGGCUUGGUUCUUGAGUUCUCUUUUUAUGUCUUUUUUAGUAAUGAUUGAUAGUUGUAUCAAUCAUUGAUGAUACUUGAGAUGUAAUCUAUACUUCUGUCGAACUUAUUUUUAAUAAAUGGCCGUGUGCAUCAUCAUGAUGCAGAAGCCGGGGUAUACCCCCAUUUCGAAAAAAAAAAGAGUAAAAUGAUUGUCUAAAUUUGUAACAAUAUUGAUUUGAAGAG